ACAUCUGAGGCACCUCAAGGUUAUAAAAAACCUUACAUUUCAAAUAAUCUUAAAGAUGUUCUUCUACUCCCUGAAGCACAGUCCUCUCUUACACAAAUUGAGGAUGCUAUUAGAGAGCUGAAAGAAUUAGAGAGAAGCAACUCUAUACGAAUUGAAAAUACUAUUAGAGAGCGGAUUGAUGAUGCUAUUAAGGAGCUGAAAAAAUCAGAAAGAGAAAAUUAUACAUGA